GUGUUCACUCGCGAGAUUUCAGUCCUGCGCCGAAGAAAGAAGCGGGAGGACGUUUCGAGUGACUUCAACGGCCGUAUUUCCAUCCCGAGCAGAGGCAGCAGCAUGAAGGCGGUGGCGGUGUACGUGGCUGUGGUCGCGGGCGUGGCGGGGGCCUUGGUGGUCACGCCCAUCGUGCCGAGGGAGGACCAGCCGGUCAUGCUCGACUGCCCCGGCUCCGGCAACUUCCUGUACUGGCUCCUGCACGGGAGGGGAAAGGCGUACGAGCCGCUGUCGCAGUCGGAGGAGUUCACGGUCUACAGCAACGGAACCAUCUCCUUCGAGAGCGUGAAGGUGUACCACGCCGGGACGCACCUGUGUGUACGUAUCACGGGCGGCGAUGUGAUGACGGCGUACCCCGUGGACCUCGCCGUGCGCCCCCACCCCCCGGCGGACAUGUGGAACGAGGUCUACAAGUACAAGUUCGGCGCCGGUCUCAUCGCGGCUCUCGUCUGCGCCGCCAUCUUCGGCCUCUCCUGCCUCGUCUACAAGAAGCGCUGGAGGCCCGAGGAGGAGCACGACACGGCGCCCAUCGUCAGCCAGGGCUACGACAACCCGACGCUUUCCAAGGACGAGGAGAACGGCGAGAGCACUCACAUCGCUUCUGCAACUCACGCCUCGUAGAGUUAAGUCCUCGUGUUUGCAAAAUACUGCAAAUGCAAACUAGUGCACAAAGCACGGUAUUGACCAUUUAUAUAUCUAUUUUUUUCAAAUAUAUUACUAUCUAUAUACUUGACAUCUAAGCACGCAAGUAAAAAAAAAAAAA